GUGGCAUUUGCAGAUUCGCCUGUUCCACCCCUUUGUUGCGUGGUCCUGGAUUCCUCAUAUCGUCUCUCGAAUCCAGUCAGAUCAUCUCAUGGCUAUUUCUGUUAUAUUUUUAUCUCGUGCAGGUCAUGUAGCCACCGAUUUGGAUGGGGCGGUGACGAUGAUGGAGGAAGAUGGUAUCUUGGUGCGAUUGGACGAUAUACUGCAAGCAGAUUGCUUCGCCGAUAUCGCAUCGGGUGGUAUAUGCCUAGGCUUCGACCAUGAUCGGAUUGACUGGCUGCCGCUUGUCAAGUUGUUCGAUUCAAAAUCAUCAUUCAGAGAGCAGUGUGGCCGGUGGGACGAGCUCGUUAGACGAAGGAUGCCGCGCUGCAAUGGACGGCGCAUAUUGACGUACGUGUUACAUUGGGUCCGAUUUAAUGGCAGAGACACGCUGAGUUCCCUUCUUAGUAUCGUAUAUAACCUCGAAGAGCACCAUAACUGGCGUCUAAACAUGGAACAAAUCCAUGAAGCGACAGAACACCGGAAGGCCAAACCUGGAGUAGAGGUGCAGCGAGAGGACGACGCCGAGCAUGCGUCGGACACGUCAGACUGACUGUCCUAAUCGUGUAUACUCACCGGUGUUGGUGUAACGAGUCCU